GUGUGACGCCCGAUCCCGCCUCGCAUUCCCCUCCCCCCCCCCUGCCCUCUCCCGCGCACGCACAUACCCACCCACACCAGCAACCAUGAGCGACAACUCCUACCCCCCUCCCGCCGACACCAAGCAGGACGCCCCCCCCGCCUCCGGUGGUGGCAACACCUCUGUCAGCGUCUCCGUCUCGGCGGUCUUUAGCCUGCGCGGCCUCCUGCGUAUGGCUCUCUUCUCCUGCGCCCUCAUCGGUGUCAUUCUCUGUGGCCAUGGCUUCGGUGCUGGUGGCUGGUACACCUUCGUGGCCGUUUGCUCUCUCCUCUUCUGUCUCUACUUCAUCAUCCACUAUGCCUUCCUGGGCAGCCUCUACCCCAGCAGCUUCGCCGCCUUCUGCCCUUCGAUUGAGUUCUGGUUCGAUUCUACCUGGACUGUGUUCUGGCUGAUCGCCGCCAUCGUCGUCUUUGUGGAUUACCACCACUUUGGCCGUCUCAUCGCGGCUGGUGUGUUCGGUCUGGUUUGCGCUGGUCUCCACGGCGUGCUGGCCAUCAUGAUGUGUGCCCAUGCCCGGUGCAACGGCGCCAUCACCAUCACCGUCUAAGGGGGGGAGCAGCAGUGGACGUGUGUGCCCCUCUCCCGCCCAUUUUUUCUCGUACCUCGACGCUGUUGUCCCGUGUACCUGUCAGUUUCCCCGGCAUCUUUUUCCUGUCCCCAGCCCGUCGCCGGGCGCGGACUCUCUGCUUCUUGCAUUCUCCCCUGCCCCUCUCCUCCCCGUUGUUCUCGGGGGAGGAGUAAAGCACGCCCCAGCGCGCGCGCCUCACCGAAGUCUGCGCAGCACGAGAAUGAGUAUCCUCUCGGCGCGCGCAUGUGCUGCGCGCGUGCCCUCCCUACCAUGCUGGGGUAUAUCCACACGCAAUAUACAUACAUAAACCACAAAGCCACACACCCGCGCGCGGCGCAAUAUGCACGGAAGGGUAGCGAGCUU